AUGUCUUCUCCUAGCAAACAACCAGUUGUAGAGGACAUUGUUUCUGUUUUCGAAACAACUCAAAAUCAGUCCUGGUCCGUGUUCAGCGAUAAACUGAACAAUGUUUCCAACAAAAACUCAAAGAAAAAUGAUCCGGCCAAAUCAGAAAACACAAUUACUUUAUCUACUGACGACAUUCCUGUAUUUGGCUUAGUCCCUCGACUUGAUAAAGUAAUAUUGGUUUCAUGUAACGAAUGUGAAAUGAUAGUGAAAAGAGAUUGUUUACAUAGUCAUUUUUAUCGCCGUCACAACAGUAGUAAUGUUAGUCAUUCAGAAGCUGAUAAAUUUUCACUAGUUAACUUUUUGUGCACUGUAAAAACCAAUAAAAAUAAAAAGCUGAAAAUGACUGUUCGAAAGCCUCCUGAAAAGAAAAUAAAUGAACGUGAAAAAGUUAAUACUGUUGUAAAAGAAAUAAAAACUGAAUUUGAUGAAGAAGAAUAUGAAAGAUUAUUAAAAACAAAUAGAGCAAAAAUCAAACAAGAAAAUACAACCGAAUAUGGUGGUCACCGUGACGUUGAUAUGGCUAAAACAAGUUGCGACCCUAUUAUGGAUUCUAGUGUUUAUGAUUGGGAUGUUAAACCAUGUAUUGAAAGUUUAGUUUUAGAUCAAUGUACAGAUAAUGAAGUAAAUGACAAAACGAUAGAGCAUGAUAAAGAUUCUAAUGAAUUAUCGUCUGUAUCACUUGGUAAUAAAGAAGAUGAUCUAACAAGUAAUACAUGUUUAGAUAUUCAGAACAAUGAACACACUGUUAAUUAUGUAACUAGUACCAAUGAGUUAUUGAAACUAGGUCGAAUUGAAAAAAUGAAACCUAAAGUAAAUAUAAAACUUAUUAAUGGUGGUGAAGUAAAAUAUUAUAAAAAAAAUUUCCUUCAUAAUAAGUACAAAAAAUCUCCAUAUAAAAUAAAGAAUAUUAAAGAAGAAAUUAAAUUAACAAUAAAAAAUGAGUAUCCAGAAAUCAUAAACAGUAAAAAUUAUAAAGAUAUUUCUACUUUUUAUAAUCAAUCAUCAAAUAAAUCUGCAGCUGAUGUUAGAACUAAAUAUUAUAAAUUAUUUUCUGGAUUACACGACUACUGCGAACAUACAAAACCUUUUUCGCGCUACAAACAUUUAGAUGUAAAAAGUGAAAUGCCUAUUGAUUCUGCUACUAGUUAUUAUCAACCAAAUGAAUCACCGAAAAUCAAAGAAGAAUUUCAAAAUAUACCAAAUAAUAUGUAUCCAGAUGUGAAAAUAAAAGAAGAAUUUCAAAUUAUACCAAAUAAUAUUAUACAUCCAGAUGUGAAAAUAAAAGAAGAAUUUCAAAUCAUACCAAGUAAUAUGUAUCCAGAUGUGAAAAUAAAAGAAGAAUACGAUGAAAAUAAUGACAAAUGUAAAGUUGAAUUUUACCAAUCAUCAACUGAAUUAACCGAAUGUUCAUCAGACAAUAAUCAUUCUGAAGUUAUAAGUAAUACAUAUUCUGGUAAUGUUGAUAGUAAUCUUUCAUCAAUUUCCCCAUGUAUUGUUGUUGGUAUUAAAGAAGAAACAACAUUUAUGGAAAGCAGUGAAAAUAUUAUAAUGAAUGAAAAAAUUUCUGAUGAUACUAUUAUUAGUAACAAUCAAUCAUCAGUUGCAUUACGAAACAUUAAAGAAGAAUCAAAAUAUUCGUUAAUCACUGAACUUCUUAAUGAAGAAUCGAAACCUUCAUUAACUACUGACUAUAUUGUUAAUGAAGUAUCAAAGCCUUCGUUAAUCACCGUCAGUACAAAUGAAGAAUCAAAACCUUCAUUAAACACUGACUUUAUUAAUGAAAAAUCAAAAUACCCAUUAAUCACAAACUAUAUUACUGAUAGUUCUAACACUAAAUAUUAUCAAUUGUAUACAGAUCCAGUUUCACGACUUUCACCAAGUUAUAAGUAUUUAGAUGAUGAACUCAAUUUGCAAGGUGGAAAAAAUUUGAGCAAUGAACUCAAUUUCCAGAUUGAAGAAAAUUCGAACAAUCAGCUCAAUUUGAACGUUAAAGAAGAUUUGAACUCUGAACUCAAUUUCCCAGGGGAAGACCAUCUAAACGAUGAGUUAAAUUUGCAGAGUGAAGACAGUUUAAGUGAUGAACUCAAUCUGCUGGUUAAAAAAGAUUUGGACAAUGAACUCAAUUUACACGUUGAUAAAGAUUUUAAUGACAAAAUCAACUUUCAGGGUGAAGAAGAUUUGAUUGAUGAAAUCGAUUUGCCGGCCGAAGAUGAUUCAAGCGAUAGUAUCAAUUGGCAAAAUGAAGAAAAUUUGUUCGAUGAACUAAAUUUUCAGGGCGAAGAAGAUUUGAAUAUUGAAUUAAAUUUGCAAGUUGAAGAUGAAUCAAGUGUGGAAGAUGAAUCAAGUGUGGAAGAUGAAUCAAGUGUGGAAGAGGAAUCAAGUGUGGAAGAUGAUUCUCAGGAUGAAGAUGAUUUGAGUGAUGAACUCAAUUUGCAAAGUGAAGACGAUUUGGAGAAUGGAUUAAAUGAUCAGGGUGAAGAAGAUUUGAAUGUUGAACUCAAUUUGCAGAGUGAAGACAGUUUAAGUGAUGUGGAAAAUGUAAGUAAUGAAGAAGAAGAUCUAAGCAAUGUAGAAGAUACGAGUGAUGGAGAAGAUUUGAAUGAUGAAGAAAACUUCAGUGAUAAAGAAAAUUUGGGUAAUGAUAAUGUAAGAACUAAUGACAAUUUAAAAUAUAAUUCUCAAAUACCAAAUAAUGAAGAAGAAACAAAACGUAUACCAAGUAACGAGUGUUCUGUUAUUGUAAAUAAUGAAAGUUCUAAUGCUGCUUUUACUGGUCAUGACCAAUCACCCACAGCAACACUAGGAAAUGAAGAAGAAUCAAAAGCUAAAUCUAAAAUAGAUGAUGCUUAUGUUACGAUUGGUAAUGAUGGUAUUGUUACCAAAUUCGAAAAUGAAUAUUAUCAAUUGGGUUACCACGAAGUACAAACAUCAUUUACACCAAGCUACAAAUAUUCAGAUGUUAUAAGUAAUGAUAGUUCUGACAAUUCUAAUGAGUCUGUAUCAAGUUAUAAUCAAUCAUCUGUUGAAUCAUUAGAUGUUAGUGACAAAACAGAUUAUUCAUCACCCGAUAAUUCUUCAGAUUAUUCGAGCAGUGAAAGUUCUAAUGACUCUCAAUGUACUACUUGUAGUACUUGUAGUAGUGAUCAAUCAACUAUAAUAUAUAAUACUACAAAAAAACCAAAGUCUACUCAAACUAAUUUAUUAGAAAAACAUGAAGAGUUUAUGGAUAGUAUUGCUACAUCAUUUGGUUGUGUAUAUGACAGAAACAAUUGCAUUCAAACCGAUGUACCAUUGGAAUGUAUGAAUUGCUACGUUUCUACUAACGAUUACGUUGACCGCCAUAGCACUCAAAUUGAUGAAAAUUCUGCUCCUAUUAACUCCUCUAAUGUUCAAAUUGAAGAAUAUGGUGUCAAUAACUUUACUCCUAUCAGUUCAAGUGCUCAAAUUAUAAAUAAUAAAAUCAUUCCCAUGGAUGAUGAUGAGUAUGAACUUAAAUAUGGUAAUGACAGUGAUUUUAAUACUUCAAAUAAAUCACAUUUUUCAUCUCAUUUCCACACACAUCCUUGUAACCCAGCAAGUAAAAAUAAUAACUUAAUGCAUAAUCCUAUCAAUGAAAAUAAUUGUAAAAUAUUCAAUGAUGAACUUAAUGCAUAUACACCAAACGAGUAUAUUAAAAUCAAUGAAGCAAUACCAUUUAUAGACACAAACGAAGAAAUGUAUAAAGAACUUAUGAAGAUGGCUGAUAAAAAAGGUGUUAAUGACAGAAAAUGUAAAAUAAUGCCAUUUGCCAGAAUUUCAAAGAAUAUAAAGAAAAAUUUAAAGAGACAAGUUGCUGAUAAUAAAGAAAAUCGUCUUCAUUUUAUAUCAAGGGGCAUUAAAAGAUUCAAAGUUGAAUUUAUAGAUAGAGAUUUCUCAUGCCACGAAGAAGCUAACAAUAAUGAUAAUGUCGAUGAUUAA